AUGCCCGGUGUCAAUGCCGGCGCAACACUUCGUUUCUCGUGCUCACAGCUGGUUGUCGACCGUCUAGAUCCCUUGUGCCCAGCGUGCAAUCCCGGAGUGGUCGGAUCCCCGCAUCUUCACCAGAUCGUGGGAGGAAAUAGCUUCAAUGCCAGCAUGGACCACGACGUCCCUUCAGGUUCGACAUGUACCAGUUGCACCCCGGCCGAAGACUUCUCCAACUACUGGACCGCUACGUUAUUCUUCCGCGCAAGGAACGGAACAUUUAAACGUGUUCAAACCCUAGGCAAUCCACUUGGAUUUGGCGCUGCCGCUGGGGGCCAGACCGUUUACUACCUCUCAAGCGGCAAGGUUACUGCUUUCAAAACAGGUUUCCGCAUGACCGUUGGAGAUCCAACCUUCCGAACUCAAGCUCAAAUCAAGCAGUAUCCCAUGCUCACCUUUACAUGUCUGCAAACUAGCACGACGAGAAGCGGCUCGACCACCAACUUUCCAACUGGUACCUGCAAGGUUGGAAUCAUGGUUAGCAUCCGAUUUCCAACUUGUUGGGAUGGUACGAACUUGGACAGCCCCAACCACCAAAGCCACGUCGCGUACCCAUCUGGCAACAGAUGCCUAUCCACUCACCCCGUCUCAAUCCCCCAAGUUUUCUAUGAGACUAUUUGGGAUACCUCGCCCUUCAACGAUAAGUCACAAUGGCCCGCGGAUGGCUCUCAACCUUUUGUCUGGUCUUUUGGUGAUAAGACGGGCUAUGGCAAUCAUGGUGACUACAUCUUCGGCUGGAAGGGUGACGCCCUCCAGAAGGCCAUGGAUGCCAACUGUAACAGCGACCUCCUUGGAAACAACAUCAACUGCCCUGUGCUGAAGUCACAGUCGCUUCAACAGGGUAAUCAAUGUACCAAGCAGCGAAUAGUCAAGGAUGAUCUCGACGGCUGGCUGACCGAGCUUCCUGGCGGCGUGAUGAUGAGUUGA